CCUCCAGACACAAGCCAUCACAGUCGUCCAGUAGCCAAUAGACCAUGCUACACGUUUCUCCACUGUGGUCAGGACAGAAGACUUGUCCUCUCCCGAACUGAGUCUCCACGGUUUCAUUGCCAAACUAAGGGGAAGAACAUCCGUCUUGAUACUCAUGGAAGAAAAGCCAUCCGGCGUAAUAGCUUUUGUAACGGAAUUACCUUUACCAGUCGCCCAAUUCACCUGUAUGAGAAAGUCCGUCUGAAGCUCGUGUCCGUCCACCAUGGCUGGAGUGGAGCUCUACGUUUUGGAUUCACAAUUCAUGAUCCGGCGCAAAUGAAAACUGAAGACAUACCCAAGUAUGCAUGCCCUGAUCUGGUUACCCGACCUGGGUACUGGGCAAAAGCUUUACCAGAGAGAUUUGCACAGAGGGACAAUAUUUUAGCAUUUUGGGUUGACCGGCAUGGAAGAAUUUUCUACAGCAUCAAUGAUGAGGAGCCUAUAUUAUUUCAUUGUGGAGUUAAAGUCUCCAGUCCUCUCUGGGCCUUGAUCGAUGUCUAUGGCAUCACCCAAGAAGUACAGAUACUAGAUAGCACAUUUGCAGAGACCAUGCCUCCAGGACGACUGAGCAGUCCCCGACUGAGCACCUGUCUGCCCCAAAGUAGCCAUGACUCUGCUAACUUCAACAAUAAUGAACUGGAGAAUAACCAGGUGGUGGCCAAGAUUGCCAACUUGAACUUAAGCAGGAUGCCUCCACAAACGGAUAACCAUGCCAUCCCUUGUUGUCAAAACCGGCGGCAACGUUCACAGGCCAUGCCCACCAUAUUGGACACUGAGCUUCAUUUUCAUCCAACCCGUGGUGCUGACAUCACCCUGUCACCAGACCGAACAAUGGCAUAUACUAACUGGCAAGAGAGCAACAGGACGAUAGUGUUCACUGAGCGGCCAGUGCACAAUGGCGAGACCCUGUUCGUGGAGACAGGUCAGCUGCCACUGCCUUAUUAUGGCUCGUUAUCAUUUGGCAUCACCUCCUGCGAUCCAAGCACAUUACGGACAUAUGAUCUGCCAUCUAACCCAGAGUACCUAUUGGACAGAAAGGAGUACUGGGUUGUACAUCAAGGCUUGUUCACAACGGGCAAUGGGGAUGUCCAUAGCUUUUCAUUUACGCCCAUUGGGGAGGUCCACCAUGGCAUCAACGGAAACAGUCGUGGCAUGCUCAUGUGUGUGGACAACUCACAGCCACUUUGGGUAUUCUUUUCUAUCCAUGGGAUUGUUAAUCAACUGAGAAUUAUGGGCACCGUACAAUCCAACGUUCUCUCCCCAUCUGGUUCUCCUAGCGGCUCCCAGUAUGACAGUGACUCAGAUAUGGCCUUCAGCGUGAAUCGUUCCUCUUCAGCCUCAGAGUCGUCUUUGGUGACGGCUCCUAGUUCCCCUCUAAGUCCUCCCGUGUCACCUGUGUUUGCACCAGAGCCUCAAGGGAGCAAAGAUGGAGAAUGCGCAGUUUGCUUUGACAAUGAAGUUGAAACCGUCAUUUACACCUGCGGCCACAUGUGUCUGUGUAGUAGUUGUGGAAUGAAGCUGAAGAGGCAGGUCAAUGCCUGUUGCCCCAUCUGCCGAAGGGUGAUAAAAGAUGUCAUCAAAACGUACCGUCCUUAA